AUGGGAAAAUCAACAAUAAUCUUUAUUGCUAGUGCUAUCUGCUUGUUCUCCCUAUUAGGGAUUACUCAAGCCAAUGAAGAAUCUGAUAAUUAUCAAUUUAUUCUUGAAGGAAUUGUGUAUUGUGAUCCUUGUCGUUCAAUAUUCAAAACCACUCUUAGUGAGCCAGUUUCAGAUGCGAGGGUGGGGAUGCAAUGCCGACACCCCGAAACUGAACAAGUCACAAUAACUGUGACUGCUUCGACUAACUCCACUGGAUAUUACCACAUGUUGAUAGAAGGUGAUCAUGAGAACGAAAUCUGCGAGACAUAUUUGAUAAAAAGUCCAAAAGAAGAUUGCAGUGAGAUCCCAACUGAGGGACAUACCAAGGAAUCAUCAAGAGUUACACUGACUAGCAACAAUGGCAUUGCUGGAAAGAAUCGUGAAUCCAAUGCUCUCUUUUUCUUGACCAAAAAAGCAGCACCAGAAUGUCAACAAGAAUUCAAGGAAAUGGAAUAUCUCCCUGAACUUAAAGAUAUUAACCAGGCCUAA